AUUGACAGAUUUUAUCUGUGUUCAAACUCAAAGAAUGAUUAGUUUUUGUAAAAUAAGGAGUGCCGAUUUUUACUAUUUAUGAAUAAAAUCAAUAAAUAAUUUGUGGCCGGUUUAUGAAUAAUUGUAGCAAUGAGUACGCUCGACAAGCAAUUGGCUGAUCUUCGGAUCUACGCAAACGAAUUAGAUGCUAAACUGCAAGACGAUAUCAACGCAGCGAAAAUGAAACCAUCGAUUCCUCCGAAAAAAAAUAAAGCACCUCUGCCUCAAAUACCACAAAGUUACACCGUAAAGUCAGCUUGCGAGCCGUCUUACUCUUCUAGGCUUGAAUAUGGAAGUCGCACGAGUUCUACCUAUUCUAAUUUAGUCCCAGUUAAAAGUUGUAUCGUAAGAAAUUCGGCAAGACUUCGGAGCGGUGAUGUGCUUUUAUACAGCAAUUUAUUGCCCCCGGGCGGCACAAAUCAUGUGUACUCGAAUAUUCAAAUGCCACGUAAUGCAGAAAAUUUUUACGAAAGAGAUACACGCUCAGAUGUGUCAAGAAUUAGUGAUUUAGGAGCUCAGUCAAAUUAUAGUGAACUUCGGCGGCCUGGGUCCGCGUAUCCGCCGUCCUCGGCUUCAGUAAACGCUCAGGACUUCUCUACUUACGGGGGCUCCCAGACAUCUUCCACAUAUGAGUCUUUGUAUGAACCCAUCAAUCCAAGACCGUGUAGUCAGUUAUCAGGCACGUCAUUAUACGGAGGCUAUGUUGGAACAACCGUUGACCCAAUACCUGAGCCAGAAGACGCUCUGUACUGUGGCAAUUGUUACCACUGUGGGAAGAAAAUCAUGGGGGAGACCACAGGCUGCACGGCCAUGGAGAGAAUAUACCAUAUUAAGUGUUUCUGUUGUCAACAGUGUGGUAUCAAUUUUAAGGGCAGACCAUUUUACGCAGUCCAAGGGAGAGCACUGUGUGAGAAAGAUUACCUGGAAACUCUUGAAAAAUGUUGUGUAUGUGGAGACCCCAUACUUGAUCGUUUAUUGCGAGCCACCGGGAAACCGUACCACCCACGCUGCUUUACAUGUGUCGUUUGUCAGAAAAGUCUCGACGGUAUACCGUUUACUGUAGACGCCGUUAACCGCAUACAUUGUAUUGAAGAUUUUCAUAAGAGAUAUGCACCAAGGUGUGCCCGCUGUCGAGAACCAAUAGUACCAGAGGGCGGAGCCGAAGAAACUGUUCGUAUAGUGGCUUUAGACAAGAGUUUCCAUAUAUCUUGCUACGCUUGUGAAGAUUGUGGGGCGUCCCUUUGUUCACGAGAAGAAGGCAAGGGAUGCUAUCCUUUAGACGACCACCUCUACUGCAAGGAAUGCAAUGCUAGGCGUAUACAGGAUUUAUCAAGAAAUAUUAACUAA